GCCAGUCAGACAGCGGACGCCGAGCCAGAAACAUGUCCCGCAGCACCAUGGCCGUAAGCGCGAUCCUCGUCCUGAGCUGCCUCGCCGGCGCCCACGCCUGGGGCGGUAUCUUCAACCGCUUCAGCUCGGACAUGCUGGCCAACCUGGGGUACGGCCGUACUCCAUACCGCCAUUAUCCUUAUGGACAGGUGGAACCCGAGGAGGUGUAUGCAGAAGCCCUAGAAGGGAACCGUAUUGAUGACGUCAUCGACGAGCCCGCUCACUGCUACAGCUCUCCUUGCACCACCAACGGGGACUGCUGCCGAGGUCUACUCUGCCUAGAUACAGAGGAUGGAGGGCGUUGUCUCCCGGCAUUCGUUGGAAGAAAACUAGGUGAGAUCUGCAAUAGAGAGAAUCAAUGCGACGCUGGACUGGUCUGUGAAGAAGUUGUGCCUGGUGAAAUGCACGUCUGCCGCCCACCAACUGCCGGUCGUAAGCAAUACAACGAAGAUUGCUCCACGUCCAGCGAGUGCGACAUCACCCGUGGACUCUGCUGCAUCAUGCAGCGCAGGCAUCGCCAGAAACCUAGGAAGAGCUGCGGUUAUUUCAAAGAGCCGCUGGUAUGCAUCGGCCCCGUCGCGACCGACCAAAUCCGCGAGUUCGUACAGCAUACCGCGGGAGAAAAACGCAUCGGAGUCUACAGAUUACACUAAACCCAUCAAAAACGGUACUGCAUUGCGGAAAAUGAACAGUAUGACUAUAUUUUUUCUUCGAUUAAUGUUAUAAUUUGUGGAAAUUAUCAUUAAAUUGUAAUUAUUUUGUAUAUAUUCUAAUUUUGAAAUAUGAUCGAUAUUUAAUAUUAUUUAUUUUAAAAUUAUAUUAUCUGUUAAAGAAUAUGACUAUUCAUUUUUCGCGAUGCGCAUUUUUCGGUUAAUAAUCUUUUUACUAAUAAAACCAGUAUAACAAAUGGUUACUUUGACAGAUUCAUAAGAACAUGUAAAUCUGUAAUUAAAAUCGAAAGUUUUUUAUUAGUGAAUGGAUUAAUAAAGAAUGAAUAAGGAACUCCGACGUUUCUUAGAAAAUUCUUUAGUUUUGGAAUUACGGUCAAUAAUUUUCUAUUUACAACAAAAGGGGUCAGGUUAAUUUUAGAUUAGGGAGGAUGACGGCCAGUCACAAUGUCAGACAGCGACGGCUGCAUCUUAAAUAACAGCCAAGUACGGCUGUAUUUUAUUUAAUUUUAUGUUGUUCGUCAUUCCAAAAUUAAAAAAAUAUGGACUUGGCUCAGAAAAUGGUUAACGAUUAGCUAUAUUUUUUUCGAAUUGAAGCUUAAACGAAAAAUGAAUAAAAAAAUUAGAUCAAAUGAGGACAUAUCAUUUUUUUAGCAUUUAAUUUCGUAAAUGUGUAGUCUAGUGUUAAAGUUUAAAAAUAUUAUGAAUACUUAUAAACAUUAGGCGGUUCGGGCGUCGUAUAGUUAUCUGUGUUUUAAAAAUUAAAAAUUUAAUGUAGAUGUAAGUAAAUAAGUCUUCAACUAUACAUAUCCAACUGGCUGAGGCAUUUAUAGUAAAUUGAUGUUAAAUAUAAUACAUAUCAUGUCUAAAUGUAAGUUAGUUGUAAGUGUAUAAUACCUUUGCCGAUCUUCUCUGCUUGUUUUUUUUUUAAUGUACGCUAGGUGCCUAGUCAUACAUAUCAUGAAUUUUUUAACACUAGCUGUAUCUGGACAUAUCAAUUUUUAAUCCUGUAAUUUAAAUCUAGCCUAAGGACUGUGAUGUUGUGUACCUAUUUUCUGAGAUUAUAAUAUAAUAGAUGAAAAUUUUUAAAAAUAGUAAAAAAAAAUAUUUUUCUGCCAAAUAAUCUAUGCCGUUGAAGAUAUGAAAUAUCUGAAUUUUUGUCGGAGUUUUUUUUAUUACAGUAUGGCCUAAUGGGGAGUUCAGCUUUCCUAGAUUUUCACUGUAUGUUGUUAGUAUAAAUUACUGUUGUAUGGGAGAUGUCAUUUGUGUAUUAAAUAUUAUUAUGUGUUAUAAAUAUAUGAAUUAUGUCUGCAA